GUGCUAAAGAGCAACAACCUUUCAUAACAUGUUACAGGAACUCAUUGUGUUCACUUCACGGAUGAGUACAAUUUAAAUUGACCUACAUGAGGUGCCGAAGGUUAAAACAAAAUCCAGUAUUAGUUUGUAUAACGUUGCAUUAAACGCAGUUCAAGAUGGCUGCAGCUCUGGCCAACAGAGCGAUAGGAGCCAUUGUAGGAUCAGCAGUUGCCGAUGCAGCAGCGCAGCCCCUCCACUGGGUGUAUGACCAGCAGAAGCUGCAGGAGAUUCUGGCUCAGGAGCCAAACCCUGAGUUCUGCGCUGAGUCGGCCAACCCUUUCUACAGGAGGCAGACGGGCCAGCAGAGCUGCUAUGGGGACCAGGCCUUUGUGCUGCUGGAGUCCUUGUCUGAAUGUGAAGGUCUAAAUGUUGACGAUCUGAAGCAGCGUACACUGAAAUUCUUUGGGCCUGGAUCAGAGUACGACACGCCUGUCAACGAUCCUUACAGAGAGAGAGGAGGGCCGAGGCCUCAGCUGCCCAUCGAGGGUCCAUGGAGACAUGCGAGUUUGAAGAGCUUCCUGAAGAAUGUGGAUGCAGGCAAAGAGGAGACGGGCUGUGAGAACGACUGUCAGAUUGAUGGAAUAGCCAAACUGGCUCCUAUAGUGGCUUUUUAUGCAGGAAAGCCUGACAUGCUGGAGAAGGUUGAGCAGGCCGUCCGUGUCACCCAGAACAAUGAUGCAUGCGUGGCAGAGACUCUAGCUGCUGCGAGGUUCCUGGAGCAUUUCAUCCUGAAUGGUUCUGAUCCAAAAGCUUUGGACUCUGUGCUCAGUCAGCUCAGUGACCCGAACAGAAAGCAGCCCCAGGACCUGGACAAAGCCGUCAUCGGGCACCUCCAUCAGGUGAAGGAGAACCUAUCAAAGACUCCUCAGGAGCUAAUCCCCACUGUGUUUCCAAACGCAUGAGGUUUGCCCGGUGCGUUCCAAGCAGCGCUGCAUGGAGUCCUGACAGCCAAGCACUACGAGCAGGCUGUCAGAGACACCAUGAGCUGUGGGGGAUGCACCUGUAGCCGAGGGUCCUUCAUUGGGGCGUGUCUUGGGGCUCAGAUUGGAUUUGAGGGAAUUCCCGCUUCCUGGACAUCUAAAACCCUGCUUUAUGACUCAGUGUUGGAACAUGCCAAGAAGAUCUCCAAUCAACACCAAUAGUUCCUCUUUUUCUGGAAGUGUAAUGUGCUUUGCAAUCUGAGGUGGCUGAGGACAAAAUGAAUAACUGUUGAGCUUUCACAGAACAGUGAAUGAAGGUUCUUGUCUAAACAGUUGUACGGCAGGAACCAGAUGUUUUGUCUCUGGAGAAGUUAAACAUGUUUGUUCAGAUGUUCGGUUACUGAGUUUUUCUGCAAUAAAGUCAUUCUGUAAAAAAAUG